AUGGGCGCGUUCGUCCCACCUUCCUUCGGUGCUGCUGCUCCUGCCGCAUCGGUCGCGAUCGCAGUCGGUGCGGCUGUCGCACCCGCGUCGGCUGGUGUCGCUGCUGUUUUCGCAUCGGGCGCGCUCACGGCCGACGUCGCAGCUGCUGUUGCACCGGGCGCGGUUGCGGCCGGUGCGGCUGGUUUGCCGCCAAUGACUCCACAAGCAGCAAUCUGCGGCCGAGUGGAGGAGGCCGUCAGCGUGCUGGUGUUACUGCUUGCUGUGUACCUGGCCAUCGCCUUGAUGCGGUACAGGUUACCUCCCGUGCUAAGGCGGUGUACAGCAACUUCACAAUGUUCGGCUUCGGCUGCCUUGGCCGCUUCAGCCGCUCGACUGCUCAGAGCGCUCCUCGCCAAAUUGGCAGGAUUCGACGACAUGGAGCAGGGAGGUGGCGCUGCUAGGAAAGUAUCCGUUAAACGCCGAUCCCCCACACCCCUCGUGCUGCAAAAGCUACGUUCUCGUUCUGGCACCUCAGGCGCGGGUUUGUGUCGUCCUGCAGCGCGGGGUAGCCGUGCAGUCUAG